UGCACGAGUGCGGUGCCGGGACCGAACGGAGCGGUUCCUUGGGACGCCUGCAAUUCAAAUUACAACUUCCAUCCCGAGUUGACACCCGCGAUUGCAACGGCUUCGAUUUUUGGUGUUCUGACUUUAAUUCAUCUAAUCGAAGCGAUAUGGUACCGAAAGCCUUUUACAUGGACAGUUCUUAUGGCGGCAAGCUGGGAGAUGGGUGCAUUCAUUCUUCACGCAUAUGGCUCGCAAGAUCAACAAGCCCAAGGGUACGCCACAGGCCAUCAGGUGCUAUUCCUGUUGGCUCCUGUAUGGCUGAACGCCUUUGUGUACAUGACGUUUGCACGAAUGGUUUAUUUCUUCCGACCAGGCGGGGAGCCUCGAGUUUGCUACAUUCCGGCAAGAUGGCUUGGGCGCAUCUUUGUUGUUGCUGACAUCGCCACAUUCAUCGUGCAGGCCACGGGAGGUGUCAUGGCUGGCCCGACAGUAGAGCCUAAUACAAGGGCGAAAGGUGUCAAGAUUUACAUCAUCGGCAUGGGGGUUCAAGAAGGUUUCAUUGUGGUGUUCUUGAUGUUGAUGGCUCGCUUCCAUUACCGCGCCAUACGAAUGAACAAAGAAGAUGAUGAAGAAGGCUAUAUGCCGAGACGAAACUGGAAGGCCCUGCAAUUCGCACUUUAUGCAGCUUUGCUUGCAAUCACGGCCCGGAUCAUUUUCCGUCUCGUGGAGUUUACCGGAGGCAUGACUCCUGAAGAGAACCCCAUACCUUUCACGGAAGCAUACGCAUAUGCCCUAGAUGCCUUCCCCAUGAUGUUGGCGUUGCUUAUACUCGCCGUCAUACAUCCCGGCCGAGUCCUUCAGGGUACGAACAGC